GUGCAAGGAGCGGGAGGUGAUGGUGGUGGUGGUGGUGCAGGCGGCUGGCUGCGGGUAGGGCACAGUCAAAGGCAGCGAGCGAGUCAGUGUUGUCUGGACCAGUGUCGAGGGAGGUGUACCUCUCCACCGCUCCACUGAACGAUCUCUGGUAUAUAUUAACUGAAGGACGAGACAGUUUUGCCUCAAGGUGUGGAAUUACUAUCAUGGAUACAGGAGUGAAAUGCAAGUUAAACUGAGUGUGUUAAGAGUGUCUUGACCUCACGGCAUUGUCACCCUCGCUCCUCACGUUGAGCCGCGCGGUGCAGGAUGAUGUGAGGAAGUGCGGUGCUGCAUUGGAAACAUAUAGUGGAACAGAAAACUGCAGUGCUAGGAGGCGAGUUGAGGUGCGGGGUGCAGUGCCAUGAGUGGGGCCGCCGCUACCACGCCCCAGCUGUCAUGCCGGAGUACCAGCUGAGCAGCGGAAAGCCAUGAGUGUCCUGCGAGGGUGGGUAUGGGUGUGGGCGUCGUGGAUGUACUUCCACACCCUCCUCUUCUGCAACGCUCUGGCCGAACCCAAGGCCGCCGUGUUCGGAGGAGUUCCCAUCAUCGACGAAAAAGUAUGGUCGCAACCGGGGGUGUUCGUGCCUCCCCCAGACGACUAUGACUACGAAUACAACUACGACUUUGAAGAAAACGCCAACGCUUCUGAUGUGACUGGACUGAAUGACACCAGCAGCAGCCUAAAGGUCAUUCGUCUUCUCCGGAACCAGACCAAAGGCUCCGGGGACAAUGUGAGGCUCAAGUGUGAAUUUACAGGCGACCCUCCCCCAUCACGCUUCAAGUGGUACAAGAAUGAGGCGCCUGUGAUCGAAGAGAAGGGUCGAGUCAACAUCAGGAAGUACAAGCUGAAAGCGGACGGAGUUCCCAUCUAUGGCACCAAGCUGACCAUCAAGGACCUGGAGAUCCACGACAAGGGCUUCUACAGGUGUGAGGCGAGCAAUGGCGACGAGAAGGUUGAGUCCACGGGCAUCCUUAUGGUCAAGCUGGAAAUGUGGCGACGUGUGCCAGACUCCGCCGCUGAAAGUGAAGCCUUCAUCCCCCUUCUCGAGGAUCUCGGCGUGCACUUCCAGAACCUGCCAGGAGGAAAAUUGCCUGAUGGCGUUGCAGGUGGGCCAGGUGUUGUCAACCCCAACAGUCCCGGUGGGCAUGGAGGGCAUCCCAGUGGUAUCCCUGAGUCAGGGAUGGAUGACAAAAAUCUGCAAGGUUACUGCCAGGUGUACAGGGGAGCUACCUGUAGUGGCUUCAUUGGCAACCAUUCCAUUUACAUCUACUCUCCUCGCCACUUGGCUGACAUGGAGAAGCGCCUUACAAGUGCAAUCACAGUCAUCAGUCACUCAAAUGAUCUGUCUGCCAAGUGUGAAGAUUAUGCUAUCAAGUCUCUGUGUUAUGCUGCUCUUCCUUUAUGUGAUGAAAACUCUCCUGACCCACAACCCCGGCAGCUGUGUAGAGAAGAGUGUGAAAUUCUGGUUAAUGAUGUAUGCAGAAUGGAGUAUGUCAUUGCCAAGCAACACCAACUCAUUGGCAGACAGUUGCCAAUCCCAGAUUGUGACGACCUUUCCCCAAUCAUCUCCCCUGAGCACAUGUCCUGCAUUCGUUUGGGUGUCCAGAGUGAACCACUGGUUGAAGAUGAAAAGUGCUACAUAGGAAAUGGUGAGUCCUAUCGUGGCACCGAGAGUCGCACUCUCUCCGAUCGGAUAUGUGAGCCCUGGAGUGAGAACCAACUGUACAUGCGCACAGCAGACUAUCCAGAGCUGAUCGGUGGACACAACUUCUGCCGCAAUCCGGGCGGCUCUGAGGUUCAGCCUUGGUGUUUUGUGACAACUGAACACUCAGUUACUAAGGAAGCAUGUGUUGUUCCUAUGUGUAGUAACAAUACUGUGGUGUACAUCACAGUUGCUUGUAUCGUUGGAACUAUCAUUAUGGUGUCAGUUAUUGGAUAUAUAUGUUUCAAACAAAAGACAAAGUUUCCAAAGCAACCAUCACCCAAAGCUAAGACAGUAGAACUGAAUGCUCUGCUGCCCAAGCAACAGCAGCUUCGAGCCAGAGAGUUUCCACUGGCUAAUGUGCGGUUCAUGCAAGAGCUUGGUGAAGGAGCCUUCGGCAAGGUUUACAAAGGAGAGCUUCAAGGUGUAAGUCCUGAUGGUAGCUCAGUGCUAGUUGCCAUAAAGACUCUUAAGGAAAAUGCCACUGCCAAGACUCGUCAGGACUUCCACCGAGAAGUAGAGCUGAUGACUGAUCUACGCCACCCCAACAUUGUGUGCCUGCUGGGUGUGGUGAUGAAGGAGGAGCCAAUGUGCAUGCUGUUUGAACAUAUGUCACAGGGUGAUCUACAUGAGUUUUUAAUUGCUCACUCUCCGAGGUCAGAUGUCUCGGCAUGUAGUGAUGAUGGCAUGUCUCAAGUUGUUCUGGAGCAGCCUGACAUGCUGGCAAUUGCUACUCAAAUUGCUGCAGGUAUGGAGUACUUGGCCAGCCAUCACUAUGUGCAUCGUGACCUUGCUUCCCGAAAUUGUCUGGUGGGGGAAAAACUGACAGUGAAAAUAUCAGACUUUGGACUAUCAAGGGAUAUCUAUUCCUCAGAUUAUUACAGAGUCCAGAGCAAGAGCCUUCUUCCAGUGCGAUGGAUGCCUCCAGAGUCCAUAUUGUAUGGAAAAUUCACUACAGAGUCAGAUGUGUGGAGCUUUGGAGUGGUGCUGUGGGAAAUAUUUAGUUAUGGCUUGCAGCCUUAUUAUGGUUACAAUAACCAGGAGGUUAUAGAUAUGAUUCGUUCUCGCCACCUUCUGCCGUGCCCUGAGGACUGCCCCCCUCGCAUUUAUGCCCUCAUGGUGGAAUGUUGGCAUGAAACACCUAAUAGGAGACCAACUUUCAGGGAGAUUCAUGGUCGCUUGAGGUCCUGGCAGGGUUUAGAUAAUGGGGGCCUGGCUGGUACUUUGAGUGGCAGUGUGUCAGGCCACUCAGGCUCACAGCACUCCAGCACUGGCCCCUCUAAUAAUACUGGCUCCACCAACCUCUCUUCAAACACUCACCCUCCACAUCUCCAGCGCCCCUUCCAUCCAGGGGCCCAUUAUCCUCCCCCAGGACCCCCUCAUUCCCCAGCAUACUCAACUCCAUAUCAACCAGCACCCCCACCAGGGAUGAUCCCAGGGCUGUACCCACGCCUCAAUGCUCCUGUGGGGCACCAACAGCCUGUGUACCUGGCACAGAGAAGUAAUGUGCUGGGUGGCUCUCCUGUCACAGUCAGAGUUGCUCAGCCACAGUCAGUAAAUAUAGGAACUGAAACUCAGCUGGCCAAUCUUUGAAAGGACAUUUUUCUUUGGAAGUUGCAUUAUGGUCCAAAGGAAUCUGUGAGUAGAUAAAUGUGAAUCUCAACAUAUUUUUUGGUGUUGAAUUUAUUGUUGAGAAUCAUACAGUGCACCUGAUACAACAUUUAAGUGCUUAAUUAAAGCAAAUGACACUGACUCCUCAAGAAAAUGCAAUAAAAUAAUUUCCUGAGUGUUUCAUAGAUUUAGAUACUUAUACGUACAUAUAUCUAUAAACUUCAAACCACACUAUAUCUGAAUACAGGUGUCUGUUUAGUCUGUACAGUGGAAAAGUGUUUGCAUGAAGAAACUAACACUGAAUAUAAGAAAAAAAAUUGAACCUGAGAUCCUCAAGAGAUUUUGUCAUACGCUAUUUCUGUCUCUGUAAGGAACUGUAAACCUGUAUUUGAAAAAUGAAAAUUGUGUUUUGUGCAAGGUAGAUAUGAUUUUAUCAUGUACAGGAAUCAAACACAGCUUGAAAAAAAUGUGGUUCCAUUAAUUUUUCAGCCUUGAAAACAGUUUCUUUCAGAUAAAAGUUAUUGAUCAGGAAUGAUGUUGAAAUAUUAAAAAGAAGACUGUAAGAUGCAUUUAGUAUGUUGUCUUGAUCCAGUCAAUCUAUGAUAAGAGUCAGUUACAUAAUACAAAUUGGAAGUCUCAAAGAGGUCACUGAUGAUAUUUUUAUGUAAUUACGUAACUGUGAAGAGCUUUAUGAGAUAAAAUAUUUUUUAUGCUAUGCUGCAAUGCACUUAUGCUUUAUACUUUAUUGUCAUAAAUUAACUAAGUCAAGAAUUUUGCUAAUACAUGCAGUAAGCUUUGAUGUGAUACUUUAUUCUCUCUCUCUCUCUUUCUCUCCAGUUUCCUUUUCAAAAGAAAGUAUGUAGUUUACUUUUGUGCCUGGUGAAAUAAUAGCCAGCAUAGAUAUCUACAGUUUGUAUUAGUAUAUAAUCUCAACAUUGACCUCUUAGCACAACUGCAUAUAUUUUAUGAAACGCUUCUGAGCAAGAGUUAUUGUGAAAUAGUCAUGGAAUUACUGGUCAGCUAAUUGCAGCAAAAUGUGUUAGGUGUUUAUUUGUCAUAAGUACAUGUGAAUCAUUCUUGACAUGUCAGACCAGGAAGGUGGUUCCAUACUAAUCCCACAAAGAUCACAGCAUACCACAUUGGCAAAAUACAUCAGUAGUGAGGUACCUUUUCAAAUGGUUUUCUCUUUUAAAACUGUUUGAAAGUUCAUGAGUUUCAUAAUCAUUCACUACAGCGCAUAUUAUCAGAUACCCAUAGUUAUGUAGUAAAAACCUAUUUGUAAAUUGUGGAAAAAAGAGAUUUUAAGAUGUAUAAUCAGUCAUGUGUGUCAUCUGACUGGUCUUAAGAAUUUUAUCAUGAUAUUAAGAAAGUGUAAAUAGGUCUGUAGAUUAUGCUAUUUAUAAUCAUAACAAAUCCUUUUUAAGAUUACCACAACUGAGUCUUUUGUACAUGCAAGCAAGUGGUAAAGAUACAGGA